AUGUUCGUUAAGAGUGAAAGAACCACAUUUGGAGUUGUGGUGAUGUCGGGCGGAGAGGCGAAGAAACGGAAUAAGGUGGUUAGCGGGGGGAGUUCUGAGAUUGCCAAACUCUUUAUGGAUAAAGAUGCUAAGAAGAGGUAUGAUUCAUUCAUUGUUAAACGUCCUCUGUUAAUUGAGCGUGGUGUUUACCUUGAUGAGCUAGUAGGGAGGGUGGAUUCCCUUGAAAUACUUCGGGCUCGAAAAUGGGAACCUUUGUGUGAUGUGAAUGUGGAUGAUAAAACAUAUGUUGAACUGGUUAAGUUUUUUUAUGCAAAUGUUCAUGAGUACAAUGAGAAUGAGCUGACAUUUAAGACACUGGUUAUGAAGAAAUCCAUCACUAUUUCACCUGAUCUUAUUUCAAAUAUAUUAAAAAUUGAUAGACCAGACAUUCUUGAGAAUUUUAUUGUCUUUCUAUAUUCAAGUAAGGAGCAGGCUCCUGAAAUGGCGACGGUUAUUCAACGUAUUUGUAUUGGGAGUGUCUCUUGGGAGAAUGAGAAAAGCAAAAUUGCCCACAUUGACCUUACUCCAACGUAUAGGAUGAUAAACCGAAUUGUUGCCUGUAAUAUACAUCUGAGGGGGCAUAUUGUUGAGAUUGGAUACGAUACGGCCCAACUAUUAUAUACCAUUGCGGAACGUGAGGUUAUUAUUGAUCUACCCCAUUACAUAUUCAACAAUGUUCGUGAAACAUCUACUGUUGAGGAUGGCAGACCAUGUCUUCCAUUUUCAAUAUUAGUUUCCAAGAUUUUGAAGCAUAAUGGGGUUGAAUUUCAGCAGAAUGACAUUUUUAUUUAUCCCAUUAAUCCACUAGAUAUGGGUAUACUUAAUAAAAGUGUGGGAGCUAUUCUAGGUGUGAAACGGGGCAAGCGUGUGAAGCAGGCAACAGCGGUGCCUCAGGUUAUGGGUAGUCAAGCUGGGACUAGUCAAGUUGGUUCUAAUGCUGGCAUUAGUGAGGGUUGA